CGCCAGCCUGGCGCCUCCUCGCCUAAGUCGUCAGACUCGCUCGCCUGGCGCCUCCUCGCCUAAGUCGCCAGACUCGCUCGGAGGGCGUGUCGACGACGCGGCACUCGUCGCGAUGCUGCUGCUGCUGCCAAUCGCCGUCAACGCCCUGCUCGCUCUGGCGCCGCUGCAAGCCAGGCCGCUUCUCGCAUGCCGAGCUGACCAUGCUGGUCGCCGGAACCCGGUCCGGUGGCAUGCCGGUCGCAUGACGGCAAUGGACCCGGAAGCAGAGGCGUUGCCUGACGCGCCAAUACCCGGCUUGACGACUGUGAGCGCCAACGAGCACGGCCCGUCCGGCGCUGUUCCUGCGGCGGAUGAGUGUCCGCCGGAAGAUGUGACCGCCCUGGAGCUGCUUCGCUUCACGCUGCCCGUCCUCACCGCUGCUCUCUCGGCCGAGAUCAUGUCGGUCGUCGACACUGCCGUUGUUGGUACGCUCGGACCGCAGCAGCUCGCUGCUCUCGGCCCGGCGACGAUGCUCUCCGACUCUACGGUCUACCUCUUCUUCUGGCUAAACGUGGCGUGCACCAACCUGUUCGCCACGCACUUUGCUCGCGGCGAGCACCGGGACGCCUUCGCCGUGCUGAGCGACGCACUGUACGUGAGCCUGGCCUGCGCCGCGCUGCUUGUCGUGGGGCUGUCGUGGGGAGGCGGCGCGGCGCUCGCUCGGAUCUGUGCGAUGGCGCCCGGCGCUCUGCCUGGCGCGAAGCAGUAUUUGGCGAUCCGCAUCCUCGGCGUGCCUGCCCUGAUGACGGCGACGGUGCUGCAGGGGGCGUGCACCGGCAUGAAGGACGCCACGACUCCCUUCAUCGCAAUCGUGCUGGGCGGGCUGCUCAACCUCGCCCUCGACCUCUGGCUCGUCCUCGGCUGCGGGAUGGGCAUCGCAGGCGCCGCCUCCGCGACCGUCGUCUCGCAGGUGGUCCAAGUGCUCGUCCUCGCAGUCAUCGUCAAGCGCAAGCGCAGCCGCCUCGUGCCUGGCGUCACCGCGCCGACCCUGCUGCAGCGGCCUCCGUCCCCCGCCCGCCUCGUCGACUUCCUCUCGUUUGCCGGCCCGAUCUUCUGCGUGCUCAUCGGCAAGAUUUCGUGCUACAACUCGAUGACGCUCGCCGCGACGGCGGGUGGAGUUGUGGCGCUGGCGGGCCACCAGGUGGUUGCGACCGUUUUCUUUCUGGGCUGCAAAUUCGGCGACGCGAUCUCGCAGACAGCGCAGGCGUACUUGCCUGCGUGCUUGCCUGCGGCGGCGAGGAUGCGGCCGGGCGGGGCGCCGGAGAAGGGUGCGGUGGAGCUGAGCCGCAAGCUGUUGUUGGUGAGCAUGCUGCUCGGCGGCGCUGUGUCGCUCGCAGCGGUUGGGGUCGUGCUCGGCUGCUCCGGCGUCUUCACUCAGGACGCGGCGGUGGCGGCGGCGAUGGCGACGGUGGCCCCGCUGCUUGGCGUCGCUCUCUCGAUCCACCCGGCGACCAUGUGCCUCGAGGGCCUUCUGCUCGGCGGCCGCCAGCUCGGCUUCCUCGCGGGCGCGUACGCCGCCAACGUGCUCGUUUUCCUCUCGUCGCUGCACGCCAUCGCGAGGCGCGCACUCGGCCUUCGGUAUGUGUGGGCGGCGCUCGCCGCUUUCCAGCUGGUGCGCGUCUGCGAGUUCGCGACGCGCGUGCGCGCCGUCGGGCUGUUGGACUCGCUCCUUCCAGCUUGGCUGCGGCGGCGCGCAGCGUCGCCAGCGACCGAGUGAUGCACAGGCCGCGCCGAUGCGGAUCCGUACGUCAGUACGCCCGGGUACAUUCAUGUAUCAUAAUGAGGGUCACGGUUGUUGCACCAUGCACGGUGGGUAAGGUAAGGUAAGGUAAGGUAAACGUCUC